CUCUCCCCCAUCAAUGGUUUUCGUAUAAUAAACUCAGGCGAUUUUAUCCUGGUGGAGGAAAGAGUUAAAAGUAGUGAGAACAAGAAAAGGAAAGAAAAUUCAAAGAGAGAAAAAAAAAAUCUUCCAGCAGCAGGAAGAGGAAAGGAAUUGGAAGAAUGGGCGUUGAUUAUUACAAGAUUCUUCAGGUAGACCGGAAUGCAAAAGAUGAAGAUUUGAAGAAAGCUUAUCGGAAACUGGCCAUGAAGUGGCAUCCGGAUAAAAACCCUAAGAACAAGAAAGAUGCCGAAGCCAAAUUUAAACAAAUCUCAGAAGCUUACGAUGUUUUGAGUGAUCCCCAAAAGCGUGCGGUUUAUGAUCAAUAUGGAGAAGAAGGGUUAAAGGGCCAGAUGCCGCCUCCGGGGGCGGGCGGGUUUCCCGGAGGGGCGGACGGGGGUCCGACGAUGUUCCGGUUCAAUACUCGGAACCCCGACGAUAUUUUCUCCGAAAUUUUCGGGUUUUCGAGUCCGUUUGGAGGGAUGGGUGAUAUGGGCGGGUCACGUGCUGGGGCGUCGGGUUUCCCCAGGGGCAUGUUUGGGGAAGAUAUUUUCGCCUCGUUCAGGGGCGGAGCUGGAGAGGGUUCUACGACUAUGCCCCGAAAAGGACCCGCUAUUGAACGAACAUUGCCUUGCAGCUUGGAGGAUUUGUAUAAAGGGACUACCAAGAAGAUGAAGAUUUCUAGGGAUGUUUCUGAUGGUAUCGGGAGGCCUACUACAGUGGAGGAAAUUCUUACUAUUGAGAUUAAGCCAGGGUGGAAAAAAGGUACAAAAAUCACUUUUCCAGAGAAGGGAAACGAGCAACGAGGGGUUAUUCCUUCUGACCUUGUCUUCAUCAUUGACGAGAAGCCUCACAGUGUGUUCAAGAGGGAUGGCAAUGAUCUUGUUGUUACUCAGAAGAUAUCUCUAGUGGAAGCUCUUACUGGUUAUACAGCACAGCUGACAACACUUGAUGGACGGAAUCUGACAGUCCCUAUUAACAACGUCAUUAGUCCAACCUAUGAAGAGGUUGUUAAAGGUGAGGGAAUGCCCAUUCCCAAGGAACCUUCUAAGAAGGGAAAUUUGAGAAUUAAAUUCAGCAUCAAGUUCCCUACCAAGCUUACGACAGAGCAGAAAACUGGCCUGAAGCGGUUAAUAUCAUCUCCCUAGUAAACUACGGUAGCCCUCGCUACCAUCAAGCCAACUUGUGUAAGUUAGCAUUUGUUUUUUUUUUU